CAAAUUCAGAAAAUUAUUUCUUGUCAUAGUUGUAAAAACAAAAGUUCGUUCUGAAACCUGAGUAACAGUGAAUAUCAUCAACGCUAUAUUUAGUUAGCUUAAAUAUACCAGUUGAACAAAAUUUUGAAUAGAAAUUGAAAAAAUAAAAUUUCUGAAAACAAGAAAAACGCAGUCGUAAAUAUAAUUAAAAAUUGUUUGCGGAAAAAUACAGAUACUUUUUAUGUUAAAGACAAACUUGGCAACGAUUAACACUGAUAAGCGCACAAUGACUGAUGAAAAGCUUGAUAGAAUAUCAUCUACCGAUUCGUCUGAUGGAACUCUGAAGCCUUCACAAACUGACAACGAGAAUGAUGUCACAUAUAACGCUUCCGAUGGUUAUUGCUUCAUUUGCCAUAAACCGAUAAACAUUUACGCGAUCGGUGAAUGCAAUCAUCCAACUUGCUACGUAUGCUCCGCACGCUUGAGAGUUCUAUGCGGUGACAUGACAUGCCCGGUAUGCAAAACAUAUUUACCAAAAGUGAUGUUUACUCAUGCUAGACUGCCGUUUGAACAGCUGGAGGCAAAACGCUGGCGCGAUUACAGCUAUAAUCAGCAAUACAAUAUCGGCUUUUGUGGUAAAAAUAUCGAGAGAGAGUUCUUCUGUUUGAGCGAGCAUGGAUGUCCCAAGUGUGAUGUGCUGCCCUUCACUAACUUUGUACAACUCGAAAAACAUCUCUAUCACAGACAUAAAUUAUUUUUUUGUGAUAUAUGCGUUCGUUACGUAAAGACAUUUACGCAGAAUAGAUUAUUUUAUACGAGUUCUAACCUGAAGUUACAUUGUAGUGAAGGUGAAUCGGCUAGUGGUGAACCUUGUGGACAUCCAUUUUGCAAGUUCUGCAGAAAAAGAUUUCUUGAUAAAGAAGAGCUUUAUAAGCAUAUGAAAUGCAUUCAUUACUAUUGUCAUUUCUGUGAAAAUGGAAAUCUAUUUUACUUCAGCUAUUCGGAAUUGGAGAAACACUUUAGGAAACAUCACUUUGUGUGUCAGAUUGGAGUUUGCGCCAAUCGUCAAUAUAUCAAUGCGUUUCGCUCAGAGGUUGAAUAUAGCUGGCAUUUGGCUAGAGAGCACGCAGAUGAAUUAUAUCAAUAUGUACCAUCUCCAUCAGAAUUUCCGGGUGACACAACUAUUGACGAGCAUCACGAUACUUGCGGUGAAAUAUCAGAAGAAGUCAAUGAUUCAUUAUCAACAGUUGGUUCAUUAGCAGAUGAAAAUGCUGAUGAAACGCUUGCAUUUAAUUUGAAAAAUGAAAAGGAUUUCCCGCUUUUAAGUAAUGUAAGCUUGUCUAUACAGUCAUCUCCGUCAUUUCUACCAGGCAACCGGAAAUUCAAAACAGAAAAGCUUGUGUUGAAGCUUUAUCCUGAAUUUGGGGAAAUACCCCGUAAAUCGCAAUGGUGUUCACAGCAGCUUUCUUUGUGCACCUCAAAGGGUUUGGGAAGUGGAACAAUCCCAGCAGACAAUAAUGAAAUAACUGAACCGGCCAAUGACAAAUAUUUAAAAUCCACUGGCUUGGGUGUUUCUCUAUUUUCAACAAGUGCCACCGAUUUUCCACCACUUCCAAAACAUUUCUCAAGUGAAGAGAGUGUGAAUCAGAUUCGUAGCAUGAGUUCACAUCAGCAAAAGACAUCAUUCACUGCUCAUAAGUACAUACCUACCAAAGAAUGUUUUCCUGAUUACCCUCCAUGGAGAAACAAGAAAAAUGCAUCUACACAAGUUUGUCAUGAAGAUAUUCUACAUGAAGUAUCGGGACUUCCAAUAUUCAACAUACCAUUCAAGUUCGUGUGUGAUGACUUGUGGCAUAUGGAUAAAGUCCGCAAAGACGUUGAAUGUCCAGAAAAUACAACUACCAAAAUUUUGAAUUUCUCGGAAAGUGACUUUCCAUGUCUCAGUACUCGUAAGUAA